AUGUUGUACUGUCGUGAUCGUAAUGAAUUUUGCGAGUAUACUGAACCAACCCGAUUGAGAGUCACCAGAAUUCAAAGUGAUAAUGAUGAAGGGUUGGUUCACUCCGACGUUGGCGAGGUCGUUCUCAAUGAAUGCGAAAUCGUUUCCAAUCAACGCCAAAAUGAUCCUUUGCAACAUAAAGUCGUCGAUCACGAAUCGUGCAAAUCAGAUUUUUUUCAAUUAUCUAUGGAUCCGUCAACGACGAGCGAACAAAUGAAUAUUUUAAAACGUCUUUAUAAUGAAAUCAUGAGAAAUCCUGAAGAUCCAAAGUUAUCCGGCAAUAAACGUGAUGAAUUGUGUACCAAACUCAAAAUCCUUUCCUCCUCAAACGACAGUAAUAUUAACAUGAAAAUCCAAAUAUGGAAUGAUCUUUGUUCCCUGGUGAAUGAACUCGAUAAAAUCAUCACCGGGGGAGAUUCAACUAUUAUGGAUUCUUCAUUUCUUGAUUAUAAUUCUUGGAAUUCGGAAACGUUGGGAUUUUCCUCUCCUGUCAUACCCACCAAUGAUAUCUUCUCAUCCAAUUCAACCACUCCAAAAAGUGCCGAAUCACAAGGAUCCAUCUUGAACUUUACAACCGACCUGAACUCUUCAACGGUUUUGAGUGAUCCACAACCGGUUCAUGAAACAGUGCAAAGUGCACGAAAGAAUAAAAAGAUCGAAAUUAAAAAUGUGAAGAAAACAAACAAUUCCAAAAAAAGAAAGAACCAAAGAGGAAAUAAGAGAACCCAACCAUAUCCGGCGGGAGGUCAAAUAGUGAUAAGGCCAACGAAACAAGCGCACACCAUGAUCUGGCAUCAAAAUGAUCCAAUUGAUGAUGUUCCGAUCAUGGCAUUUCACAUACAAGCUCAAUUUCAAGCGCCACAUACGUUCGCUCAUUACGUCCCAUCUAUACCGAUCGAUCUUUGGGAUCAUUCAACAACCAUGACCAUGCUUUCACCUGAACCGAAUUCCGCCUUUUCAGAACCCAAUAAUGAUGAUAUCUUGCCAAUCACAAAUUCUAUUCUCUUAUCUCCAACGCCAUCGCUUCAUGAUGAUAUAGGUGAUAUCGUAUCAUCACCUUCCAACUCAUCGAUUGAUCACAAUCACAUGAGAGCGAUUUCUGAUGACGAAACGGAACGUUUUGAAUUUACAUUCACACAAUCAACCGGAUCACCACAAUCAUUUACGAUGGAAGACUUUAACUUCAUUGAGAUGUAUUCUAAUACUUCGGACGAUUUAUCCAGUGGCAUGGUAGAACUAUUUGGAAAUUUUGAUGAUCAAAAAUAA